AGAUGAAGUUUGUCUUUUUUGCUCUGUGUACGCAAUUACAAUGGCCAGAUCAAGUGCCAAAUUUCAGUAUUUAGCUGGAAUCGUAGUCAACAUGAUGUCAAUAGUUCAUGGUAUACAAUGCGGAUGGUCUAGUCCAAAUAUCGUUCUAUUAACAUCAGAUGAAACGCCACUCCCGUCGGGUAAAAUCACAAUGGAAGAAGCCUCUUGGGUUGCUUCACUGUUUCCGAUUGGAGGUCUUAUUGGAAAUAUAUGCUUUGGAUUCAUUACCAAUAGAUUUGGCCGAAAAAUGCCACUAAUAUUCAUCACAAUUCCAACAAUCGCAAGUUGGUCGCUCAUUUUGUAUGCACAAAAUUUUUAUUUUUUAACUAUUUCGAGAAUAUUAAGCGGUUUUGUAAGCGGUGGCAUUUUUGGAACCGUUCCAGGCUUCUUAUCGGAAAUUGCAAAUGAUCGAGUUCGAGGGUUUUUGGGUUCAACUUUGGUUUUUAGCUGCAAUAUCGGAGUUUUACUUGCAUUUGUUUUUGGCAAUUAUUUCAGUUUUUAUAUGACGCCAAAAUUUGUGAUUUUGUUGACGAUAUUGUUCGGUUUCUCAUUUUUCUUCUUUCCCGAAACACCUCUUAUGGCAAUCACAAAGAGAAAUGACUUAUCGGAAGCUGAGAGAUCGAUUCGAUUCUAUCAAAAUCUGAAAAAGAAUAUCGAUUAUGAAGUGCUUCAGUCGGAAAUGAAUAAAUUGAAAAAUUCACUUCAAGUAGACAAUGUGAAAAAAUACGAUUCCAUAAAAUGGUGUGAUUUAACAAGUGGUGCUGGUAGAAAAGCCAUGAUAAUUGGCAUUGUAUUGGCUGUACUAAACCAACUCUGCGGAUGCUUUGCUAUGUUACAAUACACUGCCAAUAUUUUCGAAGAGGCUGGUUCUACCAUGGUUCCAAAUAUGUCGGCAAUUGUUGUUGCUGUGAUACAGCUCAUUGGAUCUUAUGUGGCAACAAUUCUUGUUGAUCGAGCUGGAAGAAAGUUUUUAUUCAUAGUUUCUUCCAUUGGAAUAGCAACAGGUUUGAUUACAUUGGGUAUAUAUAUGAUGUUAAAGACAUGGGGAUAUGACGUGGAAAUCGUAAAUUGGAUUCCACUUUUUAGUUUUUCGUUUGCUAUUUUCGUUGCAAAUUUCGCUGUUUUAACUCUGCCUUUUUUAGUUAUAUCCGAAAUUAUGCCGGAAAAGUUGAAAGAUUUAGGCACAUCAUUUUGUAUGGUUAUUUUGUCAUGCUUUGCAUUUAUGGUUGUAAAAUGCUUACCAUUUUUUAUAAAAACAUUUGAAUUUCAUGGUACAAUGUUUCUAUUUGCUGGCGUUUGUUUAUCUAGCGUUAUUUUUAUCAUUUGUUAUAUGCCAGAGACCAAAUCAAAAAGCUACGAUGAAAUUCAGAAAUCCCUUCUACCAUCGGGUAAAGUUACAGUAGAAGAAUGUUCUUGGAUAGCGAGUUUAAUGUGUCUCGGCGCUUUGGUUGGAAAUUCAUUCUUUGGAACCAUUUCCAGUAAAUUUGGCCGAAAAAUUGGAAUGCUUUCCCUUACGCUUCCGACUAUUAUUGCUUGGACGCUUGUGAUAUUCGCUCAAAAUGUGUACUACCUUUAUGCUUCUCGAGCAAUUAAUGGAUUCGUUGGUGGAGGUGUGUUCGUGAUAAUACCAGUUUACUUAUCAGAAAUUGCAAGUGAUCGCGUAAGAGGAGCCCUGGGAUCAAUGUUGGUUUUAACAUGUAAUAUAGGUGCAUUGUUGGCAUUUGUAUUUGGUGCCUAUCUCAAUUAUUUCACAACUCCAAAAUUCGUAAUUGCUCUGAUGGUUGUAAGCGCCAUUGCCAUCUGGUUCUUACCGGAAACCCCACCAUUUCUCUACUCAGUGAAUAAAAUAACGGAAGCGGAAAAAUCAAUUCGAUUUUAUCAAGAUUUGAAAGGAAAAGAAAACGACUUUCAAAUACUUCAAUUUGAAUUGAACAAACUGAAAAACACUGUCGGAGGUGGCGAAAAAAAUGAAAUCAAUACAAAUUCGUUUAGCUGGUCCGAUAUAACAAAUGGUCCGGGCAAAAAAGCGAUGAUAAUCGGAAUAGUUUUGGCAUUGUUGAAUCAAUUUUGUGGUUGUUUUGCAAUGUUGCAAUAUACUGCAGACAUUUUUACAGCGGCUGGUUCGAGUAUGGAACCAAAUGACUCAGCGAUUUUAGUCGGUCUGCUGCAGCUGAUAGGAAGUGCGAUACCUUCAGUUCUUGUUGAUCGAACUGGCAGAAAGUUUUUAUUCUUAGUAUCAACCAUUGGUAUCGCUUUGGGUCUGACCACACUUGGAACAUAUAUGAUGCUAAAAGGCUUGGGUUAUCCAGUUCAAUCAUUCAGUUGGAUUCCUAUCGUUGGCUUUUCAUUCGUUAUAUGUAUUGCGAAUUUUGCCGUUUUAACUCUGCCUUUCUUGGUCAUCUCCGAGAUUAUGCCGGUGAAUUUGAAAAGUUUCGGACCAUCAGUGUGUAUGAUUAUUAUGUGGGCAUCUGCAUUCCUUAUUAUCAAAUGUAUGCCUCUUAUGACGGCAGCGUUGGGAUUGAAUGGAGUAAUGUAUUUCUUUGCUGGCAUUUGUUUGUCUUGUGCCAUCUUCAUUAUGUUAUGUAUUCCAGAAACAAAUGGAAGGAGCUAUGAUGAAAUUAUGCAAUUGCUCGAAUAGGAUUAGCUUUAAGAUAAGAUAGAUUAUCAACCAUAGUAUAUUAAUAUAAAAAUUUAAUAAAAAAAAAUUGAUUCGGAAAUAAAUAAA